AGAGAGAGAGAGAGGGGAAGGAAGCAAAUGAGAGGAGAAAGUGGAAGCAAGUGAGUGUCAGUGAAAAAAGGCAGUCUGACUGCACAGAAAAGGCGCUCUGCAAACAGUGUGCACUCAUUGAGUCAGUUAUAUUCUAAACACGGAGAGCUGGUGCAUUAAAGCUCAAGAAAACAGUUUCCAGUGCAGGGAGACAGCACAGAGACAGACAGAAACAGAGGAAGUAGUGAAAAGAGAAGAGGAGAAGAGUGGAGAGGUUUUUUCGUGGAAAGAUGGACUCAGAUUCUGGGGAACAGAGUGAAGGAGAGAUCUCUCCAGGUCAAGAGAGCUUCAACUCCAAGAGUUUGGCCCUUCAGGCCCAAAAGAAGAUCUUAAGUAAAAUGGCCACCAUGGCUGUGGCAAACCUUCUCACGGACGAUACCAGCAGCGAGAUUCUGGAUGAACUCUACAAGGCCAGUCGUGAAUACACCAAGAGCAAGAAAGAAGCCCACAAGAUCAUCAAAGAUGUCAUCAAGAUCGCCCUGAAGAUUGGCAUUCUCUAUCGAAACCACCAGUUCAGUCCUGAUGAGAUGGAGACCGUCGAGCGCUUCAAAAAGAAGAUGAACCAGGCGGCCAUGACAGUGGUGAGCUUUUACGAGGUGGAGUACACAUUCGAUCGUGGCAUUCUUUCCGAGCUGCUGAUGGAAUGUAGGGACCUUCUCCAUGAGCUGGUGGAGCACCACUUGACCAUGCGCUCCCACGCAAGGAUCGACCACGUUUUCAACCAUUUCGCAGAUGUGGAUUUCCUGACCCAGCUGUACGGCCAAUCUGAAGAGUACAGACUUAACCUGAGGAAGAUCUGCGAUGGGGUAAACAAACUCCUAGAUGAGGGCACACUUUAACAUCCAGUUCACACUUUGUUGGAUGAGACUCCAUCACGCUACUGGGAUUUGAACUGCAGAUUUUACGCAACUUGUGUUCUUUGUUAUUUGUUUGAAAUUUAGGCGGUCAUGAUAACUUGAUGAUGUGAUUGUUACCCGACCUUUGGGGAUCAGAGUUUGUGAGCAGAGUGUAGCGGCAACAAUUUAAAUUUUAAAU